AUGAGCGAUUCAGGAUCUAAGGAGUCUCUUGUUGUUGUUCAUGAUCUUUAUUUUUAUUUUUUUUACAGACGGGAAGUUCCUGAAAAAUACACGAGGAUAAUUGGAAGAAAGUCGACACAGCACUGGACUGACAAAUGGUACGAUUCUGGAUAUCCAACUCUUAGAAGGGAAGAAUUACCAAAGCUAACUGAUCGACAAGAACCUUGCAACCAGACCUGGCAAUACCAGCUAGGCGUGUCAGCCGUGCCAAAGUGGACCAAAGACCGGAAGAAUUGGCCCGUCUCUUCCAGCUACCUAAAACAAGGUCGACCACCAGCAGAAACCACACGCGCUUGUGGCAUCAACCGUAUGUUCCUAACAAAAGAGGAGAAUUUCUAUCCUUUCUCUAACUAUAUGACAUCGACCUACCGGAAGCCUGUUUAUUCCAUAUUUGGACCUCUACAGAAGCGACCGGUAUACGGUGUUACACAUCAACAUAACAGACAUGGUUUCAUGUCUUUUGAAGACUAUUAUUAGAUGCACCCGUUUACAUUUUUUAUGGAGUUAAAUGAUCGCGUUUU